UCUCUGUGAGCCAAGUAUCUGUGUAGCUUCUGUUUACUGACAGAAGUUAAUCCAAUUUAAACUGUUUCUCAGUUUAGAGAAGCACAUGAUAAUCUUGUGAUUUCUUGCUUUUUUUUCUUCUUUUAUGUUUUUCGGUCACUGGACCCAUUGCCAUUGUGAAUCGAGCUUGAAGUUGUUGAUGCAGUUUGGAGCAAAAUGCAUUUAUUCCACUGGGUGGUUGCAGUUUUCCUAGUCGGCUCAUCUGGGCUGUGUUGUGAGGGAUUUCUCCACGCACAGUGCAAAGUAGAAUGGUACUUUGGGAUACCAUGUCAAGUGGUUUAUGAAUCCCUGGUUUCACAGAUUAAGAAAUGGAGAACAAUGUCUGGCUGCACCAUGGGAGGACAAAAGUGCCUGUACAAGCUGCAGUCUGCCUCUGUCCACUUCAUAGCUGCCAAGCACACUACUCCGUUUACGAGUUAUGUGGACAUCCUCAACUUCCGUCUGGUCUCGUAUCACUUCUUCACUUCCUGUCAUGUUACGGCCAUGUCCAUCUCCCAGAACUGGUAUGCCAUUAAAGACCAUGGCACCAACUACUGUAACCUCUACAACCUCAUGGAAGGAAGUGGCCUAACUGAAUCCAGGGGGUAUAAAGAGGUGACCAGUGACUUCAUGUGCACCCAACGCUCCUCUGCCAACUGUACCGUCUACUGACUGAUAUUUCCAAGAGCACAGAAUAUUACAUUGCCGUAUAACAUAUGAUAACCUUGACAUCACCCGCUUGCUAUUAUGUAUUUCGGUGUUUAGUGUGUACAUAGUUUUUGCACCCUUCAGAAUGUUCUACAUUUCUGCAUAAAAAUGCCUCAAGACAUGUGAGUGUUUUUGAGUCCUUGAACCCUGAAAGUAGACAAAGACAACCCAAUAAAACAAAUGAAACUGGAAUAUUCUAUUUCUGCAUUUGUUUAUUCAAGAAAACUAAUUAUUUGUACAUAUGUGUCAGUUGUAAAAGUGGUGAACCCCUGCCUUCAUUGUCUGGUGUGACCCUCUUUUGCAGUAGUAACGUCAGACAGACAUUUCCAGUAGCAUCUGAUCAGUUGUCUGCGGAUGCUGGGAGAAAUAAUAACUCCUCAUUGCAGAACCACUUCAACAUUUCUAUUUCAUUUGUUUGACUGGCAUGUCUUUGUCUACUUUCGGGCCUUGUGUGAAACGUUAAAAAUUGUGAAGGGCACAAAAAAGUGUCACUGUGUAUAUAUACACAAUACAAUACCCGAUAUCUACACAGUAUACCGUUAUAUCAGUUUAUCACUACUGCAUUUAACUGGUUGAAGCGUAAAAUAAGUUGUGAUCAUAAAAACACAGCUAGAUUCAUCAUAUUUUAUAAUUAUGUAUAUAUUAUGUUUUGAUGUACAAAUAUUAGUGCAUAUUUAUUGUACGAGCAAAUAAAAUUAAAAUGUUUGUCACUCUCA